UUUCUUUCUUUCUGGAGGCUCCUCCUCUCCUCCAGCCUCGGAGGCUCAUGGGGACUGCAGACGUCAGCUUUGCAUGGCAGCCUCCAGGAAGCAGUGAAGUGGAUGCUUUAGGAAAAGGAGCCGGGCAGGAAGCAGGGAAACGACCAGAAACAUGGCUCCAAAGAUUACUACAGAUCUGCUUCGACAGCUUCGGCAAGCAAUGAAAAACUCCAGAUAUGUCCCAGAGCCGAUCCAAGCCUACAUUGUACCUUCAGGAGAUGCACAUCAGAGUGAAUACAUUGCACCUUGUGACUGCAGAAGAGAGUUCAUUUGCGGGUUUGACGGCUCAGCAGGAACUGCCAUUAUUACAGAGCAACAUGCAGCCAUGUGGACUGAUGGACGCUACUUUCUGCAAGGUGCCCAGCAAAUGGAUAGUAAUUGGACGCUCAUGAAGAUGGGUCUGAAGGACACUCCCACACAGGAGGACUGGCUUGUGAGUGUGCUUCCCGAAGGCUCCAGAGUUGGAGUAGACCCAUUCAUUAUUCCAGCAGAUCAAUGGAAGAGGAUGUCCAAAGUUUUGAAAAGUGCUGGGCAUGCUCUAUUGCCAGUGAAGGACAACCUCAUUGAUGCCAUCUGGACAGAUCGACCCCCACGACCUUGCAAACCUCUGAUAACCCUGAAUUUGAACUACACAGGAAUGAGCUGGAAGGACAAGAUCACAUCUCUACGGGUGAAAAUGGCUGAGAGGAAAGCUCUCUGGUUUGUGGUGACAGCCUUGGAUGAAGUGGCUUGGCUCUUUAAUCUCAGAGGCUCUGAUGUUGAAUACAACCCGGUGUUUUUUGCUUAUGCCAUCAUAGGGAUCAAUACGAUCAGAUUGUUUAUUGAUGGUGACCGCAUGGGAGACCCAGCUGUGAGAGAACAUCUUCUGCAGAAUUCUCCUCAAGAUGCUGAAUUUAGUAUCCAAGUGUUGCCAUACGACUCCAUCCUCUCAGUUCUGAAGUCCAUCUGUGAGAGCCUAAAUCCUCAUGAGAAAGUUUGGCUCAGUGACAAAUCCAGCUAUGCUCUGACCCAGGCCAUCCCUAAGGAUCAUCGGUAUCUCACUCCCUACACUCCCAUAUGCAUUGCAAAGGCUGUGAAGAAUGCAUCUGAGGCUGAAGGCAUGAGGAAGGCUCAUAUCAAGGAUGCUGUUGCUCUUUGUGAGCUAUUUAAUUGGCUGGAGAAGGAGGUUCCUAAAGGAAAUAUUACUGAAAUCAGAGCAGCAGAUAAAGCAGAGGAAUUCCGUAGCCAGCAAGAGGACUUUGUCGAUCUGAGUUUUGCUACCAUUUCAAGUACGGGCCCAAAUGGUGCCAUCAUUCACUACAAGCCUACCCCUGAGACAAAUAGGACUUUAUCUAUGAAUGAGAUCUAUCUCCUAGAUUCUGGUGCUCAGUACAAGGACGGUACCACUGAUGUGACAAGAACUAUGCAUUUUGGUGUUCCGUCGGCUUAUGAAAAGGAGUGCUUUACCUACGUGUUAAAGGGCCAUAUAGCUGUCAGUGCAGCCAUAUUUCCCAAUGGAACCAAAGGUCAUCUCCUGGACUCUUUUGCCCGGUCUGCUCUCUGGGAUCAAGGUUUAGACUACCUGCACGGCACAGGGCAUGGAGUUGGCGCUUUCUUAAAUGUGCAUGAAGGCCCAUGUGGCAUCAGUUACAAAACAUUUGCAGAUGAACCUUUGGAAGCCGGGAUGGUUGUUUCUGAUGAACCUGGCUAUUAUGAAGAUGGUUCUUUUGGGAUCCGAAUAGAAAACGUGGUCAUAGUCAUUCCAGUUAAAACUAAGUAUAACUUCAGUAAUAGAGGGAGUUUGACUUUCGAACCUCUGACCCUGGUUCCAAUCCAGACCAAAAUGAUAAAUGUUCACUUGCUGACCCAAAAGGAGUGUGACUGGGUGAAUGACUACCAUAGAAAAUGCAGAGAGGUGGUUGGGGCCGAACUUGAACGACAAGGACGACACGAAGCUCUCCAGUGGCUCAUUAGGGAAACAGAGCCAAUCUCCAAAAUGCAUUAAUGUACUUUUUAAAAACAAAAUAUUCUAAUUCCUUUUGAAAAUGGCAAAAACAGGACAGGUUCAACUUCACAAAAUUAUACUUGGUGCCAAUAUGCCUGAUGAUACUGGUAGAAGGGAGAUGCAAAAAAAAAUCCUUUCCUAUAAUGAUCAGGACUUACAGAAAAAUGGGAGUAGGUUGGAAUUUGUUUAGAAGCACUUCCUUUCAAAAUAUUGUUAAUUCCCAUUUAUGAUAAUGAAAAAAUAAAUCCAGAGCUAUGAAAUCUUUUACCUAUAGAGAGGGGCUCGGACAGUUGUGAUGAAUGUGUGAUCAUGGUGUAAACCCAAGGGGUUUAAAUGACUGCAUUGUUUAUUAUGCUAAUUCCAAGCUUGACCAAAUUACUUGAGAGAUAGAGAGACCCUGCCAUGAUAUAAGUUGUUCGCCUCUGACAAUCUUGCCAAGUGGUAAUGGAGAAUGUUAAUUUGUAAAAGGUUCUUGUAGCAGUAAGACUAAUAGAGAGAAAGAAAUGGGUAGCAUAAGCUUUUGUAGACUCAAAAGCCUACACUAAAGUCUACUGUGCCUCAUCACACUAGAACAUGAAUCCAGUUUCUGCCUCCUACAGAAUUCUGGGGUUUGUAGUUUGAUGAGGCUCAGGACCUGUCUGGUUGAGCUAUUUAAAGAUCCUUCACUGAAGUGGAUUUAAAGUGGAUCCAAACUCUAGUGUGUUGAGGUCGUUAGUCUGCCAAAAUAUUCUAGAGCAGUGGUUCUCAACCUGGGGUCCCCGGAUGUUUUUGGCCUCCAACUCCCAGAAAUCCCAGCCUGUUUACCAGCUGUUAGGAUUUCUGAGAGUUGAAUGCCAAAAACAGCAGCGGACCCCAGAUUGAGAACCACUGAUGUAGAGUACUGUGCUCCAGAGCAGCUCUAAAUGUGGCAAAGGAACAGAGCUGGACCCAUUGGUGGCCAGCAAGGCCACGAGUGCAUUGGGGCUGCUGCUGCUAUUUUGCCAUCCAAAAGCCAUCUUGCUGGCAAUUUUGUUCUGAUGAGGCCUCCAGCUAUAAGAUCAGCAGAAGCAAUGCUGCCAGCAAGGCAUUGACAGGUAACUGUUUCCAGCUGUUUGACUUGGAGACACUGAAUCUUGUCGGAUGCAGCUGUCCACACCUCAGAAACACUGGCAUCACUCUGAAGCUUUCAGAAAGCUUCGAAGUAAAUUGUAGUUUUUCUUGCACCCGACUAAUAGCUGGAAACUACAUUUCUGCUGUGGAACCAGCUGUAAGCAGUGUGGACUCCUCGCAGCAGUUGCAAAGUUAAUUUGCUUUAUUGGGCCUAUGUAGACACAGCCUUAGUCUAUGAAAGCUUAUACUACUAAUAUCUUUUCUUUACCUUUAUAUUCUAUCACCAUAGAGAAUGUUAUAGCAUUUGUGGUGCAGCAGAGUAGUUAUAAAAUAGACCUCUUGUGGGUCCUUGAGACUAGUAAUCUUAGCAUGGCUGUGUAUUGAAAGAUUUUUAAAUCUAGCUUUUCUUCUCUAUUUUAUAACUAACUAAUUCAUGAAUUUGCGUACACUUGUUUUUUACUUGGUGACUUCAACAUCAAGUAAUGCUUUGCUGUCAUAAAUCAGAUGCCACCUAGUGAGUGGUUGUUGACCUGUGGGUCCCCAGUGUUUUGGCCUACAACUCCCAGAAAUCCCAGCCAGUUAACCAGCUGUUAGGAUUUCCAGGAGUUGAAGGCCAAAACUUCUGGGGACCCACAGGUUGAGAACCACUGACCUAGUGCAAUCUGGUGCAUGCCUACUCUGAAGCAACCCUCAUUUAGUUCAGUGGGUCAUACUCCCAGGUACAUUUGUGGGGUUUUUUUUGCCACUAAUAGGACCAUUUGGAUUCAAUAGGCCUUACUCCCAGAUAUACAAGCUGGUAACGUCUGCCAAGAGCAUUCAGAUAAGCUCCCAUGAUCCCAGUUCACUUUGAACAAAAUCAUUUUUAAUAGAUGCAGUUCACAAUGUCUGUCAGAUAUCUGUCAAUGAGCUGUGAGCCUUGAAAAGGGGUUGCUCUCCACUCCUGUCUUUUGAGAACACUAUGUAAAUUGCUUGUUGUGAAACUGUUUUGGACACCAUCUUGUGAAAGCUUGCAGUGUUACACAACAGGAGCUCCUCCAGCUUCUCUGCCUAUGUCUCUCCCAGCUCUUCAAACUGUUGAGAGUAUGGACUUUUGGAUACAUGCGUUAAGAAAGCUAAUGUUAGAAAACAAUGCUGUGUGUAAAGGACAUUAAAUGCUCAAAUGGAUCUUUUAUACUCUUUGGAUCAAUUCUCCUCCUGUUUUUACAUUGCCCAAACACAGGAGCACCAAGUGCCAAUAAAAUCACUUUACUUUA